AUGUGGUCUUCUUUUACAUACCAUGAACCGUCCAUCGUCCAAUUAUUGAUCUUGUCAUCAUGGAUCUAUCUCCUGAACUUGUUCGGGUGGCUAUCCCAACACAUCCUUAGCGCUCAACUGCUCGGUCAGAUCCUCAUAGGGAUCAUAUAUGGUACCCCUCUUGCGGGAUGGUUGGAAGAAAGCUGGGAAGAAGCGUUUGUAGCUUUGGGAUAUGUCGGGUUGCUCUUGAUCGUCUUUGAGGGCGGUCUCAGCUCAUCCUUCUCCAACGUCAUCUCCCUCCUCCCCCUAUCACUUUGCAUCGCUUUGACCGGUAUCCUCCUUCCGAUCGGCCUGUCAUUCAUUCUCAUCCCACUUGCAUCUUUCUCAGCAUUACAUGCCUUCGCAGCAGGAGCGGCUCUCUCGUCCACUUCCCUAGGAACAUCCUUGUCGGUUCUCAAUCCUGCAUCUGUAGGUUUCGAUCUUAGACAAAGUAAACUGGGUACAGCCUUGCUUUCAGCAGCAGUGAUGGACGAUGUAGUCGCAUUCGUACUUUCUAGUAUACUGAGUGAUCUCGGUGAAACAUCUUCCGAAAGGAACACAUCCAUUGGGAAGAACGUAGGAAGGACUGUAGGCGUUACCAUUGGAUUAGGUAUCGUCUUAAUUCCGGUAUCAAGAUUCCUCCUCAAGCCAUUAUACGCAAAAUUACAAAGUACCGAUAGGUGGAAGGAAGCUAUAUGGGGUGGUGAAUCGAUGUUAGUCGGUGUGAUGGCUGUGUUUUUCACCGGGAUGAUAGCCGCUGCGGGAUUUGCUGGGACUUCCCCUCUUUACGGAGCUUACAACGCAGGUUUGGCUUGCGCUUACCUAUCAGAUGCAGCCAACACGCCUUUCAGGUUAAAAAAACGCAAGGGUUCAGAAGAAGAUAUCACUCGAGUGGAAUCGCAGGAAUUGGGGUUAAGAAGAUUGAACACUUUCCCAGGCCAUUCACCGCACCCCCUCUCUCGCGCUCACUCGCGACAAAUCGUCCCCUUUUCCUUUGGUACACAUACCUCGACGGAUGCUGAGGAAGAAAGUCAUACAUUACGAUCAUCAUUUGAAAGGUUCCUCACACCUACCCUCACCUAUGUCUUCGUCCCCAUCUUCUUCGGCUCUAUCGGAUACUGUAUACCGUUCGUACCGCUCUGGAAAGGCAAGAUCAUCUGGAGGGGGAUUAUUUAUGCUAUCCUUAUGUGUACAGGGAAGUUGGCUUGUGGCUUAUGGUUGAUUUUCUGGCCAAAAUCGAAGAAAACAACAAAUGCUAUUUCCGGAAGUGGAUCAUCCUGGAAAGGAGCAGCGUUCUUGGGGUGUGCAAUGGUAGCAAGGGGUGAAAUUGGAUUAUUAAUCUCUCAGAUCGCUUACAAUACACCGAAUCCACUUCUCACCGAAGAGGAAUUUCUGAUAGUCAACUGGGGCAUCAUCCUCUGUACAAUCGUCGGUCCGUUAAGUGUUGGGUGGAUAGUCAGACGAUCUGGAAAGGAGAUAAUGGAUGGUGGAUGGGAAUAG